CUCUGACGAUGUCUCCCAGCCCCGCACUUCCUCCCCUCGACGGAUCCAUCCCUGUACUGCCUGGCUUCGUUGACUUCCAUGCUAAGCAUAACACCGACCUCCCGUGGGCCCUGUUAUCCGCUGGGCCGGAGUUGCCUGUACAGAGCGUCUCAUUUGCACAGUAUGCAGCAGCGACCCACAGGGUUGCCCACCUCUUGCGACCAGAGAGGGUAGGCAAAGACAGGGAUGUCGUCGGUCUCUUGGUCAACUGUGACACCAUUGUCUACCUCGCGCUCAUCGCUGGAAUAGUCAGGGCAGGUCUCGUGCCUUUUCCGUUGUCUCCGAGGAACUCCGCUCCAGCUAUUAUCAACAUGCUAAAGCAGACAUCAUGCCACCGGAUUAUCUCUCAGCAGGCGCUUGCUCCGCUGCUCUCUACCGUUGAGAAUGAACUCGAAGAGGAAGGAUACGUCCUGGAGGUUGAUGAACUACCUGGCCUCGACGAGAUCUUCCCUAUCGUUUACGACGAAUCUGCCUCGGACGACUAUGAGCCAUAUCCGACUUCCCAAGUGCCGUACAACCCCACAGACGUCGCUUUCUAUGCUCACUCGUCGGGAUCAACAGGCUUCCCGAAGCCUAUUCCUCAAAGACAUGAGAACCUGCUGGAGUGCUGCAAUUCAUCCAUCGUUAAGACCGCUGGUGACCACAAGAUCAUCUGGGGCGCCAUGGCACUGCCUACGUUUCACAUGAUGGCCGUAUACAUCCAGCUCUACGGUCCUCUGGUUGGUGGCUGCCCGGUUGGCCUCUUCGCCCCAAAAUGGCCGGCAUCGCCUGUUGUGCCCACGCCGCGGAACACGCUCGAGGCGUGCAUAACUGUUGAAUGCACUGGUCUUCCGACUGUCCCUGCUUUUGUCGAGGCUUGGGCGAAGUCGGAGGACGACAUCAAGUACCUCAGGACUCUCGAGAUCGUUGCUUUCGCGGGUGGUCCUCUGUCCUCCAAGACCGGAGGAAGGCUGCAAGCCGAGGGCGUGCCUCUGUACCCGUGGUACGGCGGUACAGAGUUCGGUCCACAUACGAAGAUUUUCGACAUCGACGAAUCAAAAAGUUCACAGCUAAACGCGAAGACGAGGGCUGACUGGGACUGGAUGGUGUUUACGGAACGAGUCAAAUGUCGGUGGGAUCCUCAGGGCGAUGGUACAUAUGAGCUACACUUCCUGUCAUGCCCAACCCAUCGACCGAACGUCGAGAACCUGGAAGACACGGCUGGCUAUGCUACGAGGGACUUGUGGGAGCUGCACCCUACGAAAGAGGGCCUUUGGCGUAUCACCGGACGAAAGGAUGACGUUAUUGUUCUCGGAUCUGGGGAGAAAGUGGUCCCUAUUCCACAGGAAGGCUUGAUAGUCUCUUCUCCUAUGGUGAACGGAGCCGUCAUGUUCGGCCGCGCGAAGAACCAGUGCGGCAUUCUCAUCGAGCCUGCCCCGUCUCAUGCCAUAGACCUCAACGACCCAAUUGCGCUGCCGAAGUUCCGAAACAUGAUUUGGCCCAUUAUAGAGGAGGCCAACCACGCAGCGCCGACAUUCGCGAGGCUAUUCAAAGAGAUGAUCAUCGUCACGAACCCUGCGAAGCCCCUUCCCCGCGCUGCGAAGGGAACGGUUAUCCGCAAACAAGCGGUUGGCUUGUACAAGAAGGAGAUCGACGACUUGUAUCAAGUUGUUGAGGACUCUGGAAACUCUGCUGGCAUUGCUGCGCCCGAACAUUGGUCUGUUCUUGACGUUGAAGCCUGGCUUCUCAAACAGGCCUCUGCGGUUGCUGGAGGCAGGGCAAUCUCUCCUUCUGCAGACAUAUUCGAUCAGGGUUUCGAUAGUUUGCACGCCACAUUUCUGCGAAACCGCGUCAUCGCUGCCAUGCGUGGCGAUCAGCUGACCCGGGAAGCUGCUCAGCACGUCUCUCAGAAUUUCGUCUUCGAAUACCCCACGCUCCAUGAUUUAGCGAAGGCCAUCUCGAUGCUUAUCGACACGGGCGGCCCAGACGACAAGCGAGAUACAGAGAAGUCCAUCAUGGACAUGAUUGCGAAAUACAGCGCACACCUGCCAAAGCCUACGCACCUAUCCGCACAGGCGAACGGGUCGGCGGCUCACGACGCCGUCGUCAUGCUCACUGGUUCCACGGGUGCUAUUGGGUCCCACAUACUCGCCCGCUUGCUGGCAGACCCGCGGGUUGCCAGGGUGUACACAUUCAACCGACAGGUCAGCGUCUCCUACGACCGACAGCUGUCAUCGUUCAUCGAGAGAGAGCUGGAUACAUCGCUACUGGACAGCCCGAAACUGGUCUCGCUUGUCGGUGACCUGUCUCAGCCCUUCUUCGGCUUGGAGGAAGCGAUGUAUGACGAGAUCCGAUACUCAGUGACUUAUGUGCUUCACAACGCCUGGAGAGUGGACUUUAACCUCUCUCUCUCGUCCUACGAAACCCACGUCGCCGGCACGCGCCGUCUGAUUGACUUCUGCUGCUCACUCUCCCAUCCGGUCAAGCUCAUCUUCACUUCGUCUAUCUCAGCAGUGCACAAGUGGAAUAUCAACCUUGGGCCUGUUCCUGAGGAUACCAUCCCAGGUCCGGAGGUGGCGACGAGCAAUGGAUAUGCUGCGUCCAAGUUUGUGACCGAGCAGUUACUUGCCAGAGCUGCAGACAACGGCCUAGAAUGCACUUCAAUACGUCUCGGACAGGUUUGUGGACCCAACACGUCAGGUGCAUGGGCGACUACCGAAUGGGUCCCGAUUAUGGUGAGGACCAGCAUUGGCCUUGGGGCGCUUCCCGAUCUCCAUGGGACUGUGUCUUGGGUCCCAGCUGAUGCAGUUGCGAGCACUUACCUGGACCUCGUCUUGUACAAGGAUCGCCUACCAUACGUGCUUCACCUUACUCACCCUCGCUCGGUCAAGUGGCGCCAGGUGAUCCAGAACAUCAAAACGUUUUUGGAGGGCUACUCCCUCUCAGUCAUCCCUUUCGCGGAGUGGACGGCGCAGCUGGAGAAGCAGCCAGUGACAGGCAAGACGUGGGACGAUUUCCCUGCUCUCAAAAUCCUCGAGUAUGUUCGAAGCAUUACUGCGGGAGACGCGCUCGCUGCCAAGGCGGAAAAGUCGCAACCUGUAGAAGCCGGUGGGCUUCCGGUGUUCAGCACUGCGCGCAUGCAGCGGUAUAGUACGACUUUGCGCGACCUUGGUGUCGUCGAUGUUGUUCACGCCAGAGCUUGGGUCUCGUAUUGGGAGAAGAUCGGCUUCUUGCAUUCGGCGUAGACGAUUGCGAUACAACUAAGGAUGAUAUGUAGAGACUUUGAUUUAAUAAUAAUGCUCUUUGAAUUCUGUGUAUCCC